AUGAGACCUCAAUGGAUUAGAACCAGUGUGAGGUGUAUGAGUGACUGGAAAGUUCCAGAAAAGCCAUCAUAUAACACAAAGAUUCCUCCUAUAUUACGAAGUCUCAAAUAUGUUCAAGCAGCUGAUCAAUACCAGAAUCAAUUGGACCAAGCACCCAAGCAAUCCAAGAUAACAGAACUCAUGAAUCGUUUGGAGCAAAAGCCAUAUCUUAUGGUUGUUCUACGUGAUUAUCAGGAACAAUUGAAACGUCUAGGAAUUGACCAGCGUCCGGAAAGAGAAGCAUUAGUUUCGAAAUGGAAAUUCUAUAUACUGGCAAUCAAGUUAAAACAAUUACAUCGAGCAUUUUGGGAUCAAUGUGAAUAUAACGAUAUUAGUUCUCAUAAACAUCGAUUUCGAAUGGAUAUUAAUGACGUGGGACUUCUUGAUCCCCGUAACUUUUCUAAAGAGGACUACGAUAAAAUCAUGAGUUUCAAAGAAUAG